AUGUCUAAUUCAUUACAGCAAAUAAAGUCUUAUAAAUCAGCGAUUUGUAUAAUCCCACCAAAAUCUCAAUGGUCAAAUAUUCAAUCAAUUCGGCAAAAACAUGAUAAACAUUAUAAAAGAUGGAUGCCUCAUAUUAACCUAAUUUAUCCUUUUAUCUUAACUCAACAGCAUGCUUCGGAUAAUUCCAAUUCUUUAGAUACCUCAACGGUUAAUGAUGCUUUUAACAUUAGUGCCGUUGCAAAAUUUAAAUUAUUUCACACAUGGAAACGAAGUUCAACUGUUUGGCUCCAUCCUGAAACUUUUCCUGAAAAUGCUUUGAUUGAAUUAGAGAAUAGAUUAAUCGGAAGAUCUAAUUUAAACGAUUGUGAAAAUAAUAUGAGCAGAGAAGAUGAGGAAUUCGGUUUUCCAGGAUUUGACGAGUUAUUAAAAAUUGGAAAUGAAGGAUUUAGACCGCAUUUAUC